UUCAAUACUUCUAUCUAGUUUUUCAUCCUUCCAUUCUUCUCUUCAUUAAUGCUAUCCAAUCUUUAUCUUUUUGGUGCAAUUCUCCAUCCUUCCAAUAUUAAGGGAAGGUUUUGUAAUGGUAGGCUUUUUUAUUGCAUGAAAAACUCAUUCACUUCAACAUAUUAAAAUAUGGAUGGGAGAUCGUUUGGUUUGCAGUUCUUUGGAUACUCUAGGGUGCCCAGAACGAGAGAAUAUUCAAGGAUGAUAAUACAAUAUGUGUAUAGGGGACAAGCAUUGAAGUAAUUAUAAUAUGUUUAUAGGCAUAAGUACCCCUUGUACACAAUAACCAUAAAUUCUUUUGCUUUUCAAAAAAAGGAGGGGAAGGUUUUGAGAUAGUUCUUUUUAGUAAUUCUUUCAUCUCUUCACAACGUUUUGGAAAACAUUUCAAAAUAAAGAAAUGAAGACAAU